GGACUCUCGUACGUCGCGAUCGGUACGUAAGACGAUGAGUGAGACGAAACAUUAUUCCCAGAAUCCCAGGAUCAUGGGGUCCAAUUCCCAGCCACGAGUUCAUGGGGUUCUGGAAACUCACUUCUGGGUCCGAUAUAGGUACAUUUAAGAAUCAGGGCGGCGUAGGAGAGGAUAUCAUGCCUCACUUCCCAAUUUGUACUACACUAUCCACAUUCUAUUGCUAGGUUUUUGGCUUCUUUCGCAGUCUUGCAGUCCAAUCCCUUGAUAUAUACUAACCGUGAUCGAUCUUAUGAUCGAGAAGUGACGGAUGUCUAUCGGGCAUGGUCAAACUCAUCCCUGAGAAGGUGCAGGCAGAAUGGCCCGCACCGAACUUUGUCAAUCCAGUGACGCGAGGGAACUAUCUCUUGGUCAUCUCGUUAUGCUUCACCAUCACCACCAUCCUCAUCAUCACCGGCCGGUUUUACGUUCGCCUGGGGAUCCUUCGGACGCUAUACAUCGAUGAUAUCUUUAUUGGCAUUGCCUUCGUGUGCAAUCUUGGCCUCUGCGUUGCCGCCGUCCACGCGCAGUACGUGGGGUGGGAUCGACAUCAAUGGGACCAACGACCUGAAUGGUUCGAGACGAACGAGCUGCACAUGUGGAUCAUCCAGCUGCUUUUCGUGUUGAUCAUGACCUUCGCGAAAUUGAGCUCCCUCUUCCUGUACCGGCGAGUCAUUUGCGCCACCUCGAACGAAGCGUACAAGAAGUUCGUUCUCGUGACCAUCGCUGUCGUGGCUGGAUGGGGCAUCGCAUUUUUCGUGGCCACGCUCUUCAGUUGCUGGCCGAUUCAAAAGUACUGGGAAAGCCGGACGGGGGAAGAAUGUACGGACGAGGGUACCAGGAUCCUUGCGGCGACGGUCACCAACAUCGUGACCGACUUGAUCGUGGUGCUCAUGCCCGUUGGCGCGAUAUGGAGGAUGAAUCGAGCUCUGAGGGAGAAGCUCAUCCUCAUAGUGUUAGUCAGUCUCGGCCUAGUCGCAUGUGUUGCGUCGAUCGUGAGGGGAGCAAGCAUGGCUAUGGCGCUCGAGGAGAGUGAUGACACCUGGGUCGGCGGUCCCGUCUUCGCCUGGAUCGUCGUCGAAUGCAACCUCGCGAUCAUCUGCAUCAGCGUCCCCGCGCUGCGGCCGCUGGCCCGCAAAUAUCUCCCGGCGACGUACAACAAUUCCGGCUCGCGCGGCACCGGCACCGGAGGCAGCAUGCGUCUGGAUUCGCGCAAGGUCCGCGAUCGCAACCGCCGCCAUUCCGAGCCGCUUGGGUCGUCGGACGAGCUGGAUGAGGACCUGGAGCGGGCGCUGGACGCGUCGAAGUCGAGCGUUACGGUCACUGUGAUGGGGUGACGCCGCCAGCUCGUUACCAGCGGAUGAACUAUUCGAGGCGAUUCUCUGGUCGCUUCUCU